GCGCGAGGGAGAGUGUGAGUGAGGAGAGCCGGAGCGCAGGCAGGCAGGCAGGAAGGGCCUGACGACGGUGGCUGAAGGAAUAGGAAGAAGAAGAUGGCGGACGGGGACAGCGGGAGCGAGCGAGGGGGCAGCGGGAGCGGCAGCGGAGGUGGCGGCGGAGGAGGAGGAGGCGGCGGUGGCGGAGGAGGCGGCGGAUUCCAGGGGCAUCGUGGCGGCGGCGGCGGGCCGGGCCCGGAGCAAGAGACGCAGGAGCUGGCGUCGAAGCGCCUGGACAUCCAGAACAAGCGCUUCUACCUGGACGUCAAGCAGAACGCCAAGGGCCGCUUCCUGAAGAUCGCCGAGGUGGGCGCCGGAGGCUCCAAGAGCCGCCUCACGCUUUCCAUGGCGGUGGCCGCCGAGUUCCGAGACUACCUGGGAGACUUCAUCGAGCAUUACGCCCAGCUGGGGCCCAGCAGCCCUGAGCAACUGGCGCAGGCCUCGGCCGGGCCCGGCGGGGAGGACGGCGGCGGACCCCGGCGGGCCCUCAAGAGCGAGUUCCUGGUGCGCGAGAACCGCAAGUACUACAUGGAUCUGAAGGAGAACCAGCGCGGGCGGUUCCUGCGCGUCCGGCAGACGGUGAACCGGGGCCCGGGCGGCGGAGGCGGGCCGGGCUUCCCCGGAGGAGGCCCCCCAGGUCUCCAGAGCGGCCAGACCAUCGCCCUGCCCGCCCAGGGCCUGAUCGAGUUCCGCGAUGCCUUGGCCAAGCUCAUCGACGACUACGGAGCCGACGAGGACGAGCUGGGAGGUGGCGGCGGCGGAGGGGGCCCUGGCGGCGGAGGCCUCUACGGCGAGCUUCCCGAGGGCACCUCCAUCACGGUGGACUCGAAGCGCUUCUUCUUCGACGUGGGCUGCAACAAGUACGGCGUCUUCCUGCGCGUCAGCGAGGUGAAGCCUUCUUACCGCAAUGCCAUCACAGUUCCCUACAAAGCGUGGGCCAAGUUCGGCGGGGCUUUCUGCCGCUAUGCCGACGAGAUGCGAGACAUCCAAGAGCGCCAGCGGGAUAAGCUCUACGAUCGACGAGCUGGCCCCGCCGGACCGGGAAGCGGCAGCGGCGCCGGAGACGAUUCCGACGGAGACGAUGUGGACGACGACUGAGCCUCUUCUUCCUCCCUGCCCCCCAUCGCGUUGACAACCUCCCUCCCCAACCACCUGCACUCUACCACGGAGGUUGCCAUGGGGGGGAGGACUGGUGAAAACAGGGAAGAAGCCAGAUCCCAAGCCUUCCUUCUUUCCUUCUAUCAAUGGGGAGAGAGCGAGUGAGCAACGAGAUUACCUGCAUACACCCACUGACCUGCAUCACUUCUGGAAUGGCCCCUUCAAUUCUUGUCUCCCCACUCUUUAUUUUUCCCGAGGAUACAACAUCCGUCAGCCCACCAGCCCAUCAUGAAAGACUGGGCUUUACAUCAUCAUUGUCCUCACCUUGGGGAGAGAGAAAUCCCUAUGACCUCAGUUCACUUCGACCCCACCCCAAUGUUGUAGGGAAGGAGAUCAUUGUGAUCUGAAUCCACCCUGGCCUUCCAGAUAUGUUUUAUUUCGGGGAAAUGGGGGAUAUAAGUUAUUUGGAUGUCAUCUUCUCCCCCUUCCCCCUUGCAUUUUUGAGGUCAUGUCCUCCACUGAAAACCAGCAUCUUGGAGACUAUAUGGCCACUGAGCACAGUUUGAAGGGUGGGGAGAAGCCACUGCAGCUGUCCAGAUCCUUGGGGGUGGGGAUGUGUGCAGAUCCUGAUGGAGCAGCUUGUUCAGGGUUGUAAAGAUCAAUAAUCAUGGGCUUAGUCCAGCACAAAUCGGGGUAUUAAGUGCAACAGUGAGGGGGACAAAGUGGGUGGGCAGGGGGAAGGAACAAGCAAAAAAACCUAGAGCUUUGAAAAAAUGUAGUUGGGAGGGGGGAGCCUGUAUCUGGACCAAUGUCCAUUGUCCUUUUUUUUCCUUUGCAGAAUUGUUGUUUUAUUUCUGGGAUGCAGAUUGCUAAACUCCAGGUGCCUGAACUGGAAUUGAUAGAUUAAUUAAUUUAACUCUGGCAGUUUCUAAAGAUAUUAAAUGGUAUUUUCUUUUCUUUUUUAAUGGGGGUUGCAAACAGGUAGGUUAAAGGAAAAACAGGCAUAAAGCACAAGGAAUGCAGAAUGGACGAGUUGUUGCUCACUAAAGUUCUUCCCCUCUCCAAAUAAGGUGAAAGAGCAAAUUAGGAGGGAGACAUUGGAGCUGCCUUUCCACAGGCUUCAAAAGAUGACCCAGUCAAAUAAGUGGAAUCUGGUCUGAAGCUGGGUCUUACAGAAAAUCUUAAAAUUGUAAUCUUGCAAACAAAGCAUGUGGCUAAAAGACUGAUUAGGAAACUGAAGGCUUCUUUCAUCGUGCAAAUCAGUGGACUUUUUCCGUGAAUACAGUCAUCAAGAACCUCAGGUCCAGAAGUCCGGUAUCAGUUAUUCUUUUUAACAAGAUUCUUUUUUUUAAAGCAAAAAGCGAACUCAGUCCAUUUCCUCAGUACCUCACGUUAUGUUAACAGCAGAGUUGGCAAGCAUAGAUUGAUGGUAUGGAUUGUUCAGAGCAAUGCAUGCCUUGUGCAAGCUUGAUAUCCAUUGUUGAAAAGGAGCAGAAACAAACCGUCAAAGUUCUGUGACUAUGAACAUACCCUAGCAGCAUUUUACCACCUUCAGAUUUUAAUGUAGACUGGCUACUGCCCAUUGUCCAAUUAUCUUUCCCAAAUGAAGUUGGGUGUCCCCACACCCACCCAAGGAAUUGCCUCAUCUAUAUUUUAAAUGGAUUCUUAUCUAAAAUGGUAUUUUUUUAAAACAAUGUCAGUCCUGGCCCCUCCAAAAAGAUGUUUUUAGAUACAUUAUAUACUAGCAACUUUGAACUGAAUGGGUAUUACUCUGUUCAUUGCAAAGUUUCAGGUAUUAUUUGCGUGACAUCUUAGAGGCAGGUAAACCUUCCUCUACAAUCUAUUUAGUAUUUUUAAAAUUGUGCAUGCCUGUACUUUAUUUGAGCUGCCUUUUUAAUUUAUUGCAUACCCUUAUUACCUUAUUUUGGUAUUACUUUUAUCUAUCCUAUCUUUGUUUUAUAUUUAUUAGUAAGCAAGGAGACAUAUAAAAGGCAUUUCUUCACACAGGUGUGGCUGGAGUGGGGAAACUGGCUGGAAUUUUCUGUUUAAAAAAUAGUUUUGCUGUAGUUAUCGAGAUCAGCAAAUAAUUUCAGAGUAGUUUGUCACAAAAAUUUCUGCCACACAAAUGAUUGUCUAUUUUACAGCUAAUUCUUUACUCCCAGUGUCCAUAGUAGAUCUUUUAUCGUAUCUUUGAAGAAACUUUUCUUUCCAUUUUUCUCCGUCGCAAAGAACUUGUUUCCUGAAUUGUAAUGGGAGCAAUAGUAUUUCUUGAUGUUUUAAUUACAUCUGUAUACUUGUACUGUAUUUUGUACUCUCCAAGGCAGCUGUUUUCAAUAAUGUCCUGCUGUAUUUACCUAUGUAUUUUUGUUCAAAUGUAUGUGGUUCUUUGCUGCGGAGAACAAUUUUCACCAACAAAAGUUUCAGCGGACAGAUUAACUGGGAUACCGCAGCCCUCUAAGAUUGCAGAAACAGUCUGCUUAAUGAAUUAGAACUCUAGGCAGCAAUGAAAAUUAAGCCUGCAGAUGCUUGGUGUAUAUUGCUGUAACUCUUCACUCAUUUUAAAACAAUGUAUAAUAUUUGUAUAGACCAAUGAUGUUUUGUUGCUUCAGUGGUAAUUGGUUUUUUUCUUUUGUUGCUCAGCUGCUGUGAGCCAAUUAAGUUCUUGCAAAGAUGCAGUACCUCUCCUUUUCAGGAGGAUUUUUUGGCUGAAUUGCAGUAACUAGCCUUACCUUUGUAUUAUGUGGUAGUGACAGGGUUUUGAUUGUCCCUGGCCAGUGGCUACAUAAGCUAUAAUUAGCUGCCUAGGAAAUAUGUGGAAGUGGACAGGAGCAUAUAUCAAUUGUAUGCCAAGAACGCUGCCAUAUAUGGUAUUGGCUUUGGCAAACAGAAAGUCUCCUUUAGCCAUUAGUUAAACCAAUGUAUAUUGAAUACACAGAUUUGUACAAGUUGACACAUGACCCUUCAAGAUGUAUAGGUGGUGACAAUACAGUGUGUCAGUAAUAGCAUCUAAAUUACAAUACUGGCCUGUGCCCUCUUAAGUAUAAAUGAUAGGUUUUUAAAUUUUAACUAAUACUGAGGUUAAUGGCCAAGCCUCUUGCUGUGGGAAAAUUGGUCAUAGUGGCACAUGUUAGGUGCAGAGGUUCACUGAGGAAAUUGUUCUUUCUUCUUAUUGGGCAAUAGAACUCUGGAGAGUGUGGGCAAUGAGGGAAGAGGCUUGUCUGAAAUGUACAGCUUUGAACGUGUUUUCCCCUGCAGAACUUUGAAUUUGUGUGCUUAAAACAGUGGAGACUACAAAGAUCAUUUCAGGGUCUUUUAGAAGCAUUUAUGGCCUCUAAUUAAAGAAGAAUAAUUAUUGAAGUAGGCUGUGAUAGAAAUCACCUCACCCUGACUGCACAAGCCACAUCUUAAAAAUCACGCUGCUUUCUAAGCUGGUAGUUUCUCAGUUUUCUCUGUGCAUAUUCUAAAUAGGCAACCUUAUGCCUAUUCAGAGUAGCUGCUGUAUGUGAUGGGAUAGUCAGUCACAUUGGAAAAACGUAACACCUGGAUUGUAUCUGAGAUGAGCAAAUCCUGUUAUUCCUGUUUAUAUUCUUGUGCAUAAAAGUCAAUUUUGGUAAGCCCCCCCCCCCCUUUGGUGUUGCAGUUAAAUCAUAUCUUGGAUUUUAUCUGCAGCACUGUUGACAAUGCUUCGCUGCAAUUUACAACCACUGGAUCCAGCAUACCUGUGCUCAUAUUAGCUCAGUUGUAGUAAAGUUACUGGAGUUAAGAUGUUGCAUGUUGAGGUAUGCCGAUUUAAGUGGCUUGUGGAUCAACUGUCCUUUUAAAAUGUAGAUUCCAUAGGGGGGAAAUUGGACAGCCUUUCUGGUGAGUUCCUGCAUAUCUGGCAUUUUUAGACUUCUAUUGUCCUUGGAAUUAUGAUUCUGGAAUGCAACUGUCAAAGCAUCUGCUGUACAAAAAGUGUAAAUCUUGUAUAGCACCAAAAUUGUAAAUAUUUGAGGCAUACAGGUUUAAACACCCGUAGCUUUAGCUCACAUCUAGUUACGGGUUCAUUUUCUUAUUUCCAUAGCUGUCUAACUGCAAAGCAGUUCUAGGCCUAACAGUGAAGGCUGGCUUUUUUUCUCUCUCUCAAAGUUAGCCAGCACUGUUGCAGACCCUGGAAUGAUCUUUGCAAUAAAUCAGAUCUUUUUUUAAAAAGUGAAGAUUCAAGCUUCUGCUUCCGUUUUUUCCCCCAAAACACACUUAAUUAUCCUGUCCUAUUUGCAUAGUUUUCAGGAUAAUGGGCACAAGAGGCAGGCUACGAUAAGUCCCUCAUAUUGAGUGGUCCCAUCAUUGACUGCACACUUCAGGUAUUGGAAUAGCUGAGGGUGACUUGUGACAGUGUGAUCUGCUCCAACCGUUAAAGGGGGUGUAGUGUAUUGACUACACAGGACAUUUGAAAAGUAACUAACUCAGGCUACUUUUCUCUUGUGAGGGUGGCAGUUUUGUGAUUUUUGUGGAAAACUGUUCAAUGCAUAAAAAUGCGUGGACAUCUCAAAAGUUUUAACAGAUUAUGGUACUUUAUCUGAUGCACAAUUUAAUCUCUCAGCAGAUAUUCAGUUUUUAUUUAAAAACAAACAAACAAACUUGUGGCCUUGACUCUAACUUUGUGGAAGGGAGGAGAAUCUAGUUUUCCCUAUAUGAAAGUGGCACUUUUUUCCGCUUCAAAUUAUUCUAAU